ACCAGAACCAGCAGAGGAGUUAAUUACGCUCCCCCUCUUGCUGGCCAGCUGGUCGAGUAGUCUGACAAGGAAGGCUGGACUAGAGGGACUGUUGGACGGCGGUCUUCUCACAUCGCCAAGAGAAUCCGCAUUCAAUUUCGGACCGGAAGUGCAGAGGCGUCCUGCCAUAUCGGCCUCGCUUUCUUGCUCUACUUCUACCAUGGACAGAAAAGCGGCUGACAAUGACGACAUAGUCGCGGAAGAAAAACGUCAGCUCAAGAGGCGGGCCUUCGGGAGGCUGUGGAUAAUCAGGGAAGCCCUGCGAUGGCCGGCGUCUUCGACAUCGACCUAGAAACGGAGGAGGGGAGCGACGGGGAGGAGCCUGAAUUGGGGGCCGCGGAGGCGGACCCGGAUUUUCGCAUCAGUGGCCCCGACCUGAUACCAGGACACUAUGAAGAAAUUGAAAUCUCUGAGAACAGUGUCAACAAUGGCCCAGAGCGCAUUGGACCCCAUUGCUUUGAGCUCCUUCGUGUUUUGGGCAAGGGUGGCUAUGGCAAGGUGUUCCAGGUACGGAAAGUGCAGGGAACAAAUGCUGGAAAGAUUUUUGCGAUGAAAGUCCUAAAGAAGGCCAAGAUUGCCUGUAGUGCCAAGUAUACAGCCCACACAAAGGCUGAGAGAAAUAUCCUAGAGGCCAUCAAGCAUCCCUUCAUCGUGGACCUCAUCUAUGCUUUCCAGACUGGUGGCAAACUCUACCUCAUUUUGGAAUGCCUCAGUGGUGGGGAGCUCUUCAUGCAGCUAGAACGAGAAGGCAUUUUCCUGGAGGAUACGGCUUGUUUCUAUCUGAGUGAGAUCAUCCUGGCUUUGGGCCAUCUGCACUCCAAUGGUAUCAUCUACCGGGAUCUCAAGCCUGAGAACAUCAUGUUAAACAACCAGGGGCACAUUAAACUUACAGACUUUGGACUUUGCAAGGAGUCUAUUCAUGAUGGUGCUGUCACCCACACCUUCUGCGGCACGAUAGAGUACAUGGCCCCAGAGAUACUGACACACAACGGUCACAACCGGGCAGUGGACUGGUGGAGCCUUGGUGCCCUGAUGUAUGACAUGCUCACUGGAUCGCCUCCUUUCACAGCUGAGAAUCGUAAGAAGACCAUUGACAAAAUCCUCAAGGGAAAGAUGGUGUUCCCACCCUAUUUAACGCCAGAUGCCCGUGACCUGCUGAAGAAGUUCCUCAAGAGAAACCCCAAUCAGAGGAUUGGGGGUGGCCCUAAUGAUGCUACAGAUGUUCAGAGGCACCCAUUCUUUCGACACAUCAACUGGGAUGACUUGCUGGCCAGGAGAGUUGACCCGCCCUUCCGGCCUUCUUUGCAAUCAGAAGAUGAUGUUAGCCAGUUUGACACACGCUUCACUCGCCAGACGCCUGUGGAUAGUCCUGAUGAUGGUUCCCUCAGCGAGAGUGCCAACCAGGCCUUCUUGGGAUUUACUUACGUAGCCCCAUCAGUAUUGGAAAGCAUCAAGGAAGGCUUUUCCUUCCAGCCCAAACUGCGAUCUCCACGCCGGCUGAACAGUAGUCCACGCACACCUGUCAGCCCAGUGAAGUUUUUACCCUUUGAGGCCUUCAAGCCAAGCACAACUGUGGAAAUGACAGAGGCGUCACCUCCUUCCCUCAUGCCUGUGCCAGAGGUUACUGCCCCACUGCCCAUCAAAGCGCCAUCAGGUGCUAAGAAGCAGAAGCAAAAAGGAGGCCGAGGAAGGGCACGGUAGCUGAACCAAUAAGGAAAUAAUUGGACUGUCUGCCUCCUCACGUGGCAUUGCUCUCUGCUUGCUGGACAGAGCUUGGCAGGGAAUAGGGCUGGACCACAGAGCCUUUUUAGCCCAGUUGAGGAACAUGUGGUCUUCCUGUUGCCAGGGCCUACCUUCCCUUCCAACUGCAGAGGCCUGUGGUGCUGGUGUUUUCCUGUUAUGGGGAACUAUCCCCACACGAGGUGCUUUCGAUGCAGUAUGUAAUGAAUUAUGGUGGGAGUGGAGUUGAGAAAGGACCCGUUGCAAGCCACCUGCUGGCAGCUGGACAUACCUGCCCCCUUCUAGCAGUGCGUGUACUUGAGGGUGCAUUGGGACUGGAAGGACUUUACCAGGGUUGUGGGUAUAGGGGAUGGCUUCCCUCACCGCUGCUGUAUCAGUGUCAAUUAAAAGCUUAGAAUUCACUAGGCAAAGGAAGAGCCCCUUUGGCAUUAGUGACUGGAAAUGACUUCCUAGGUGGAGUUGUACCCGCUCUAUAGGUCUUUAUCUUUCUCCUGAGCCCAGAAGACAGCAGGUACCAAAAGUUGUGGCCCUGUCCCCGCCCCCCGCCCCUUUAUGUUUGGUAAAUGAGCAAUACAAGGAAGGGUCUCUCCCACAGGCGACUGUUAUAGCAAGAGACCCCCUUAUUGGUGCAGGAAGUUUGCAGACAUGUUUUGUCUGCUUUAUUAUCACAAGGAAGGUGCAUUUUCAAAAUGAGCUGCUUCUUUUGAGGCAAGUGGGAGCAAGCAAAUGAAGUGGCAUAGUCACAAAGAGGGAAGACGGUUGAGUGGUGGCAGAUGAGGCUCUGCCAUGCACCAGGAUUGAGAUGGGGUUCAGUCUAUGGAAGGAAUCAGAGGUGGGACUGCUGCCCAACACUACUUCAGUCCAUAGUUGGCUUUGCAGAGAGUCUGGCUGUGCUUCUCUUGCUACUUCUAAAGGGUGGUGAUGUGGAAAUGCUUGCCACUGUCCUCCCAGGCUGCUGUCCCAGAGAAGGAAUGCAGAUCACUGAGUAAAGCCUCGGCACUGCCCUCUGCUGCCUUUGCACCCUCUUCCUUGCAAUGGUGCUGUAUCUCAGCCUCUUCUGGUGGCUCAGAGUUGAUGUUCUCAUUGAGGUCUUCCCGAUUUUCCUCCUCCUCCUGGUUGUCUUCCUGCUGGAGUUGCUCCUCUGCCUCCAUGUCCUGCUGCUGCUCUAGCUCCUCAAGCUCUUCCAUUCUCUGCUCCUCAUCCUGGCUGCUCUGGGGCAGCUCCUCCGGAGGUGGCUCCCCCCUGAGUGCCUGCCAUCGAUGGAUCAAGGCCGCUGCCAGACGUCGAGGGUUGUACCUCCCUUCCGAAUCACGGCUCAGCUUGCGCAAGGCUAAGAACAGUAACACAAGAAGGAACAACAGCAGACAGAAGAGAAGGCUCGCGGUGGUAGAACUGGAAUGACUGCUGUUGCCUUCCUCUGAAGCCUUUGUGUUCUUUGGGAAAACUGGAAACAGCAGGAGCAGCACAGGCAGAGCAUGGGGGAACUGGAGACCCUGCAAGAAGAGGGAAGCCGAAAUGAAUCAUUGUUGCUGGGAGGCCAUUGCUAACGCACAAUCCCAGUUAUUCUCUUGUCACCUCCAGACAUCUCACCAAAAAUGGGUGAACCUUUGAAUACUGCGCUUAACUCCUAAUUACGCAGUGUUAAUGGGAUUCUGCUAGAGAGUCUGCUGAUAGGGGGAGGGGUAUAGAUGGGCAUUGUGGAGAGCUGUAUGAAAUUGUGACACUUUAUGACUACUGAAAGCCUCUUUGUGUUUGACCAGAAAUGUGUCUUUAGCAUUAAUUCAGCUAGGAAGGCUGGCAUCAUAAAAUGAGAAUGAAUUGCAAUCCUAACAGUACUUUUCUGGCUUCUAUUGGAUGCUGUAGUAGACUUGAUAAUAGAAGCUUGACUGCCUCACCAUGGCUUUAUAGACUGCCUACUCUUUCCUAUUUGCUAUUACUCAAAGAAGUGAGAGAGGGUGGUUUCAGGAUAUGGCCCAUCUCUGCAGUCAAGUUCCACAGUAAGGCUUUCUCCCCAUGACACUCAGGGCAGUGUGUAUUCUAUGUCAAAAAGAAAAUUAUGUGCCAAGAAAAGCUUAAUGGUGUGAGCUGUAUACAUUAUGCAAAUUAAAAAAGCAUGUAUGUUUUACAUAAUUUAUUGUGGUAUUGUUAGUCUGGGGGAGAUGUGAGGAGCUGUGCCAGGUUCUGAAACCCCAUCCUGGGCUUCAGAAAAUGUUGUUCAGACACUCUUUUGGGAUUUGAAAAUUGAGUAGGCUUUGUCUACUUGCUUUUUAGAUUUAUGGUUGUGAAGAUAUGCUCAAAACAUGCUCUUUAAAGAAAUAAUAAACUAUUGCGAUUCUC